AUGACUACAACGGAUAACUGGAAAGUUGAGUGGGACAAUGAACUUCGCCAGCUUCCAAACGUUGAGUCCAUAACAUGUUUAGAUUUACAACUAACAGAAAAUGUAUUUCUAAUAUGGCAGUUUUUAAAACUUUAUCUAUCUGCUAGCCCCCAAGUUAGAAGUAUCAUAGACUUCAUUGCAGUUAAAAAAGCUCAGAGCUUACAAUGGGGUGAUCAUAUUGAUAGUGUAAUGUCAAGUGGGCUUAGGAAAGGACAAGAAUUAUUUCAUGUAUUUUUGUCGAAUGGAAAAAAAAUUCAAACAACUUAUUCAAAAAAAAAAUUAUGUGAUAGAUUACAAUAUUAUCAUAUUAAGAAUUAUAUCAUUUUAGAAAAAAUAAAUACAGGUUCUGUGGGUCAAGUUCAUGUAGCCUUAGACAAAUCAACUGAUACCUUUGUUGCUGCGAAGGCCAUAGAUAAAUGCACAGUACAAGGUGAUAUUGGUUUAUUUGAAAAAUUAAAAGACGAAAUAAAAAUAUCAUGCAUGAUGAAUCACCCGAAUGUUGUUAAAACGUUGAAUAUUUUAGAGACUAAAGAUAAAAUUAUUCAAAUUAUGGAAUAUUGCGAUGCUGGAGAUUUAAUAUCAUACGUUCGAAAUAAACUCUAUUUAGACGAAGUAAGUGCUCAAUAUUUUUUUCGUAAAAUAGUCCAAGGGCUGAAAUAUAUGCACAAAAAUAAUAUUGCACAUAGAGAUUUAAAACCUGAAAAUAUAUUUUUAUGUAAAAUACAAAUAUCACAAAAAGAGAAGACUUUGAUUAGGGUUGGCAAAUUGCCCUCAUGCAUAGAGUAUGAUUUAAAGAUUGGAGAUUUUGGUGCAUGUUGUGUAAAUGAGAAAGAUAAACUACAUUAUGAUAUUGUAGGUACUUUAAGCUAUGCAGCACCUGAAGUAUUAAAUUGUAAUAAUAAAAAUGGAUAUAAGAGUGAGAAAGCUGAUAUAUGGAGUUUAGGCAUAAUAUUAUAUGCUAUGUUAUUUGGUUUACUUCCAUAUGAUAGUGAAGAUAAAGAUGUAAAAGAAGCAUAUAAUGAAAUUAUAAAAAAGAAAAUCGUAUUUCCUAAAAACCGUGUUAAUAAAUUUUCUACAAGUGUACGCAGUUUAUUAUUAGCUAUGUUAAAUAUUAAUCCACAAAAUAGGUUAUCACUUGAUGAAGUUAUAAAACAUGAAUGGCUAGCUGGAACAGCUAAAAGUAGAUUAGAAAUGUCUAACAUAAAUAAAAAAAUAAAUUUUCCCUUAUCCUCAACGGUUGGAUAUCCAAUAUAUUCAAAUAAGAAUAUUAUAGAUUAUAAUAUUUAUAAAAGGUUGGCAUUAAUAAAAAAUGAUCAUAAUAGUACUACUAACUCUUUAUAUAGUAAUUGUAACAGCACAACUAUUUCGAAUAGUAAUAUUACUAAUAUGAAUAAUAAUAUGAAUAAUAAUAUGAAUAGUAAUAUGAAUAGUAAUAUGUAUAAUAAUAUAAGUGCUAUCUUAAAUAUCAAUAAUUUAAGAGACAAAAAUAAUGUGGGGGGAACUACCUAUAAAUUAGAUAAUAUUUCUAACAGUGUAUAUAGUUUGCAUAAUAAUAAUAUUAAUAGUAAUAAUUUGAAGGAGGUAUUAUAUAAUCAUAUGAAAUAUUACCUUAAGGGUGAUAACAAAUAUAAUAAUACUCUAGGUGAACAUAAAAAUGAUUACAAUUUGGAAACAUUAUUGAAGAAAAGUGAAGAUGAAAUUGUUGGGGAUCCUAAUGUGAUAAAUAAAAAGAUAGGACAUUAUUUAACUGGAAAAAAUACAAAGGAGAUGAAUAUAAAUAAUAAGAUAGCUAAUUUUGUUAUAGGGAAUAAGAAUGGUAAUAAUAAUAUUAUUGCAGAAAAAAAUAUAAUGAUCAAUAUUGACAAUAAUAAUAAUAAUAAUAAUAAUAAUAAUAAUAAUAAUAAUAAUGGUUGUAUGCAAAUUAAAUAUAAUGAAAAUAAAAAGGAUGAAGAAUUAGUAAAUAAGAAUAAAAUACAUUCCAUAUGUUCUAGUAAUGAUCAUAUAUUGUAUGAUAUGAACAUGUUUCAAAAAAAUGAUAAUAGUAUACAUGAAAAUGUGAAUAUUAUUAGUAACAGUUCAAAUAAAGAAAUAUCUGGUUUACAAAACAAAUACGUAGAAAAAAUAUACUAUUUAAAAAAUAAUGAUAUGUAUUUAAAUGAUGAUUAUAUAAAAGAUAAAGCAAUAAAGAAUGUUGAAAAAUAUAAUAUUGUUAAUAAGGAUAAAAAUGGUAGUACAUAUAAAAUUAAGGAUUAUAUAAAUAACAAUACAGUGAAUAAAUCUAAAUGCAAUAUUAGGGCAGAUAAAUUUAAAAAUAUUAUAGCAUUAAAUAAUAAUAUUAUUUCAAAUGAUCAAAAUAGACAUUUAUAUAUAGAUAACAAAUUAUCUAUUAAUAAACAUAAUUAUAAUAAUCUACCAUAUUAUAAUUACUAUUAUUAUUAUUAUGAUGAUGAUGAUGAUCAAAAAAAGGAAUAUAAUAAAUAUAUAUAUAAAAAAAAAAAAAGUGGAACUAAUAAUAGUGAGCUUAUUUCAUAUAAUUCAAUUGUGUAUGAAAAGGGAAGUCCCCCUUAUUAUAAUAUAAAUAAUGCACCCAUAAGUUCUAUAAAAUAUGAUAUUAGUAGUAUAUAUAAUGGAAACAUUUCUCAUUAUGUAAAUAACUCCUCAUAUGAUAAAAAAAUAUGCUCAUCAUCUUAUAUAAAGGAUAACCAAAAUGAUGUUAACAAAAUGAAUAUUGAAAAAUCUACUAUAUUGAAUUGUUCUACUAAUGAAUUAUAUAAUGUAUAUAAAAAAGAGAUUUCAUCAGAAGAAAUUUUUGUAAAUAAUAAUGAUGAUCUUUUUGAUAUAAAUAAGGAUGCAAAUAAAUAUAAAUGUAAAUAUAAUUAUUCUGCAGUGAAUGAAAAGGAAAAUAAUAAUAAUAAUAAUAAUAUAAAUGUUGGUGAGUUAAAAAGUAAUUCUCCUAAUAAUUCAGAUAGCAAUAAUAUAUCAAGCACCAAACAUAUAACUGCAAAAGAAACAUAUAAUGAUAAUAUAAAGAAAACAAAGGAAGACUAUAUUAUUAUGAAGAUGAAUGUAAAUAAUCCAAAAUGUGAUAAUAAUUUUGAGCUAGCCAAAAUGAAUGAACAUAUUGAAAAAUGCAAUAAUAGCAAAUAUACAAAUAGUGAUAUUGAUAUAAAUGAAAAGGGAAAAAAUGCUACUGAUGUUGUUAGUAUGGACGAAAUGAAUAAUUUUAAUAAGAUUGAUGAUACUGAAGUAUGUAAAAAAAAAAUUUCAGAAUUGUCAAAUGACAAUGAAAAGUAUAGUAACAUUUAUGAGGAUAAGAAUAUACAUAUGCAUGUUAUAAAAGAAGAUUCAAAUAAUAAUAGUACAAUUAUAAGCACGAAUAAUAAUUAUUCAUACAAAUGUAUUGAUGAUGAUGUUAAGAGGGAAUGUAUUUAUUCUAUAGAUGAUAUAAAUGAUGCAUAUGUAAAUUCUUCAGUGUGUUCAUUAAAUGCAGACAAAAAUGAAAAUAGGGAGAAAAUUAUUGAAAAUAUUAAUUUUUUUGGAAUGGAUAAAAUAUAUAGUAUUGUUAAUCCAGAGAAAAAUGAAGAGAACAAGGAAGAUAUAAAUAUGGAGGACAUAAAAUAUAAUAUUAAUAUUAAUAGUAAUAUAAAUGAAGAUAUUAUAAAUUCAAAUAAUAUUUAUAAUACAGAUAAUGAGCAACAUUUUAUUGAUGACAAAAUAAUGAUGUCAAAUAUUAAUAGUAAUGAAAAUACAAAAAUGUGUGGUAAUAUUUUUCAACAUACAAAUAGUAAUAGUAUAUGUGAUAUAAAAGGAAAAGAAAAAAUAUAUAUUAUAAAUGUAGAUACACCAGAUGAAUGUAAUGAAAUAAAAUACGAUUUUUCUUAUAAUAAAAUUGAAGCACAUAAAGAUGCGGAUAAUAAUGAAAAAGAUAUUUAUGUAUAUAAAGAAGGUCAUAAUAAUGAUCAUAAUGAAUAUGAAAAAAUAUCACGAUUAAAUAUUAAAAAGUAUGAUAUAAAUCAAAACGAUAAUUAUAACAAUAAAACAAAAGAAGAAAAAAAUGAACAUAAGAUAGAAUCAAAUUUUACAAAACAUAAAAAGCUUAUAUUAGAUGAUGAAAAAAUAUUGUAUACAAGACAUGUGAAUAAUUAUAUGAAGUUAAUUCAAAAGGAUUAUAUAAAUGAAUAUAUAAAAAUAGAAAGGUCUAAUUAUUUUAAUAAAGAACAUAAUAAAAAAUAUAGUUCUUUGUAUGGAAAAAAUGAUAUAAUUAAUAAUAUCAAAAUUAAUGAUUGUAUUUGUGAUUCUAAAAAUAGUAUAUAUGACAGAUUGCAAGAUAUAAAUAAUAAUUCUGUAAAAAAUAUCUUUAAUGAGGAUAAAAAAAUAUACCAUGAAUUAUGUAACAAUAGUGUAUUACAUAAUAAUCUAUUUACUGAAAAUAAUCUUGAACCUUUUUCUUCAAAUAAACUUGAAUAUAACAAAAAAUUUAAAUGCCCCUAUAAUCAUUUAAUGAGAAAUUAUUCCUAUAGUGAAUAUCCUUUUGAUAUAACAAAUAAAAUAUCUACAUAUAUAAAUAAGGUUGACAUUAAUAAAGUUGAUUCGAAUGAAUCAUACUCAAACAAAAGCAUAAGAUAUAAAAAUAGGUAUACACAAAAAAAUGAACAUGUCAAUAUAUAUGAUGAUAUAAAAAAAUGUAGUUCUAAUAAUAAUAUUUUUUAUAUUGAUGAAGACGUGUCCUACUUAGACAUUACAAAUUUGAGUGAUAAAGAAAUUAAGAGCAAAAAUGAAAGAGAAAAAAAAAAUAAUAUAUUAAGUAAUAAAAAAUGUAUAUUAUCAAAUCCAAGUAAUAUACGUAUUGAAAAGAAAUAUAAAAAUUAUGAACACUUGGAUUAUAUUAACAAAAUUAAAAAGAAGCAAACCGAUGUGUUUUACCAAAACAAUUAUGUUUCUUUUAAGAGAUCAUUUAGUAUGUUACAUUUUAAAGGAAAUAUAAAAAAUGAUGUUAAUUAUUAUUAUGAUAAUAAAAAAGGAGAUAGGGCAGAGAAGGAUAUAUUAUUAUUAAAUCGUAUGAAUAAUUAUGUGAUAGAACAUAAGAAUAAAAUAAAUAUAUAUGAUAUAAAUCAAAAACAACAUUCUGAUUUAAAUUAUAUAAAUAAAAAUGGAAACAGCCUAAUAGAUAAUAUACCUAGUGUAACUAAAAAAUGUCAUAGUAGUGAUAUAUUUUUAAUAAGAGAUAAUAUAUUAAAUAAUUUAUCAAAUAAAGAAUUCAAAAAUAUUAUAGGAAGAAAUUUAUCAUUAUGCCAUAAAUUCCAUGUUAUAGAUACAAAUGAAGAUUUAAAUAAAAAAACAAAAAAUCAAAUUAUUAAUAAUAAUAUAAUAUGUGAUGAAAUUGAUAUUUCAAUUAAUAAAAACUGUAAAAUACCAACCAAAAAAUAUGUUAAUAAUAAAUGUGAACAAAAUCAAGUAUUUAAUGAUAAUGACAAAAAUAAUAAAGUCCAUAAUAUUGUAUCAGAUUUUAUAUUAAUUAGAGAAGAAAGCCUAAUGACCAAGAAAAACAAUAAAAGUUAUAAGAGUGAUAAAAAUGGUUGUAUAAACUCAAAUAUAAUAACAUAUAAUGAAAUGAAAAAAAAUAUAUAUAAGGAAGAUCAAAAUAUUAAUUGUGUCGUAAAGAAUAAAAUAUAUGAUAAAAUGAAUAAAAAUAAUAUGAAAAAAAUCAACUUGAAUAAAUUAAAUAUAUCUCAUAACACACAAAAUAAUAAUAAUAAUAAUAAUAUGAAUACAUAUGAUAAUUAUUUAAUCAAUAUAAAGGAUACAUUCGAUACAUAUUCAGUUACAGAAAAACCGUAUUGUCAACAAAAAAAUAUUAUUGAUAAAAAAGAAAUAUUGCAUUAUGAUCUUAUAUCAUCAAAUAAUUGGGAUAAUCAUCUACGUGAUUAUAUGUUACAUUCUUUAUCAAAAAAUCAUUAUACAUUUUUAAGAAAAAAUACCUUAUCAAAAGAUAUAGCUACGUUUAAUGAUAUCAAUAUAUCUAAUAAUAAAAAGCAUGAUACAACAAGUAAAAAUAAAAAUGAAAAAAAUAUUUCUGAAGAUACAAAAUUAAGUAAUGACUCGAUUUCAUAUAUAUCACACACAAAUAUUAAAUCUACAAAUGUUAAACAAAAUAAUGAUCGGAGUAAUCAUUUCCAAAAAAAAAAAAUAAAUGAGCAAUCAAAUACAUUUCAACCCAAAGUAAAGUGGUUAAAUAUUUUCACUCGUAAUUUUAAUAAGGACCAAUUAGGUACGAAAUAUAAAUGA